AUCAGUUGCCAUAGAAUAACCAAGUAUUAAGAGUGAUGUGUGUGUCAAUAAAUUUUUUGUAAAUAAAAAACCCAAAUCUUCAAAAUGACGACUCCCUUAACACAUGCGCAAACAGGCCUUCGAGAUGCACCUCCACCAAAGCGAAAACUUACAAACUUGCCGUUUUUCCUAGCAUUUAUUGUCUGUCUCGCCCUUGUGAUACCAUUUUCGCUUGUUUUCGCCCUAAGCAGCAAUCUUAAAAGACUUCUGAACGGGUAUGACAGCUGCGGAAACACUUGCGGAGUCGAAAACAAGCCGCUUUACUAUCGCAACUGUUCGGAACUAAAUAUGAGAGACAAACCCAUUGCGAUGAUGAAAUAUUACGAUGUUGACCCGUUGUGUAUUUUUAGCCUACAAAAGGUUCUACCGGACAAAUGCGUUGAAAAGUGCGAGCCGCCAAACCAGUUGAUUUUCAACCGGUGUUACCCACCCGAAGCUGACACCAACCUGGACAGCAAGUCGAGAAAUUUCAAACAAAUGAUUGAAAUCCCCCACGUCUUCCUUAGUAACAUUGCGACCAUAACUGCGAUGAGUUUCACCGGACUGAUUCUGUCUUUCGGUCUCUUUGCGUGUCUUCGGUGCCACGUCGCUGCCACCUUCUGGACUUUGACCCUAUUCCAGUCAUUUGUGGCCCUGGCAGCUGCGGCACUUUUCUGGCACAAGUACAUAAACAGCGGUUCUACAAUGUACUUAUUCCUGGCUUUGGGGGCUAUGGCCUAUUUUACCUCCGUGUUUAUUUACUUCUUUGUCUUGUACAACACGUUCACAAUGGUACGGCGCGUUUACCACCAAGCCUUAAAUGCGAUAUUUCGAGCACCGAUGAUUUUGGUUCAGCCCUUAUUGACUAUCACGGUUCUAAUUUCUGUAAUCACAACAAUGAUUUUUCUGAUGUUGUUAAGUUUGUCGCCCAGUGGAUGGCCCGAAAUAUCAGAUGAGGGUCCUUUAGUCUACGAAUUUGCAACAAAUGAGGCCACACUUUACUACCUAAUUUACUUGGCUUUCUUGGGCUUUUGGAUCUAUUCUUUUGGGGAAGGUUUCCAGGCCAUGGUUGUGUCCGGGGCCACGGUAGAAAUUUACACCACCAAAGACAAAACGUCUUUGAGACAUCCAGUCAGGAAAAGUUAUCACACUUUGCUACACCAUCAUUUGGGUACAGUAGCUUGUGGUUCCUUGCUGGCCACAAUUUUUGCAUUUAUGAGAGGAUUAGCAGUGUAUGUGAUCCGGAAAGUUUACAUUUUAACUUCCAUGAAAGGACAGCCCUUCUGCAAGUCCCUGAAACGAGCCGUCGAAUUGCUGCGUCUGAAUCUAGUCGAGACAAUUGCACUAACAGGGUUUAAUUAUUUGAUUAUUUACGGGUUUUCCUUAUUGAUAGUUGUGAUAACGGUAGGAGUGGGAGUUUGGAUGAACUUGGACUCCAAAUUUACGUUUUACGUCCGGUUGGGUAUUUUAUUUGGGGCUGUAAGUGCGUCGCUUGUGGCACAUUUCGUACUCAAAGUCCUACAUACAACCACCGAAACGAUAUUUUUGUGUUAUAGUGAAGAACGCAUAGCUGGUCCUGUGACGCCACAAAAUACCGCAACAAAAAAAUAAAUCUGGCCUUGUUUUAAUUUUAUGCAAAUAAAUUGUUGUUUUGAUGUACAA